AUGGCAGACGUGCAACCACUAGUCAAGGACGACUUCUUCGCGGAUCCAAGCGGCCGGGUGUUCAAUAACAAGCUGUACAUCUAUGGCUCGCAUGACCGCAAGACAAGUAUCCCAGACGACGACAAUGGCUCGCAAUACGACAUGGCGGACUACCAUGUCCUGUCGAUGGACGAAAUCGGAGGACCUGUAACGACACACGGUGUUGCUUUCAAGGUUGCUGAUGUGGAAUGGGCUGCGAAGCAGUUAUGGGCACCAGACUGUGGCUCUAAGAAUGGCAAAUACUAUUUCUUCUUCCCUGCGCGAGAUCACGAAGGCGUGUUCAGAAUAGGAGUUGCGGUAAGCGAUCAGCCUGAAGGUCCUUUCAUUCCAGAAAAGGCACCUAUUGCUGGUAGCUACUCCAUAGAUCCAGCGGUGUUCAUCGAUGACGACUCACAAGCAUAUCUAUACUUUGGUGGUAUUUGGGGAGGACAACUGCAGUGUUGGCGAUCUGGAAAGUAUGAUGCAGACGUAUACCAAACAAUGGAGGCAACUGGUGAUGAGCCAGCUAUUAUGCCUCGAUAUGCCAAGCUCAGUGAAGAUAUGAAGAGCUUUGUUGGAGGGGUGCAGGAGUUGGUCAUCAAUGAUGAAGAUGGCAAGCCAAUUCACGCCAGCAAGCACGACAGACGCUUCUUUGAAGCUGCUUGGAUGCAUCGUCGAGGGAACAAGUAUUAUUUCAGCUACUCGACCGGAGACACUCAUUACAUUGUGUAUGCAAUGAGCGACUCGCCAACGGGACCUUUCACGUACGCUGGAAGAAUCCUUGAGCCAGUUCAAGGAUGGACAACACAUCACUCGAUUGUUGAUUUCAAGAACAAAUGGUGGCUCUGCUACCACGAUACAUCCAUUUCUGGCGAGAACCACCUUCGUUCUGCAAAGAUCCGAGAACUUGUAUACGACGAUGAAGGCCACAUCUCGCUGGCAACACCACAAUCAUAGCACUUUUAGCACGCCCAACCUCCAUCGAUAGCAUAAGUCGCUCCUGUAACGAAAGAAGCUUCAUCACUCAACAACCACGCAAUCAACUUGC